CAAGACAAAACUUUACUAUACAUCAACCCCUCUUUGCCCAGCACUCUAUAAACCUGCUCAUUUCCAGUCAUUCACACAACACCACAAACUCUGCCGUACCUUUGCUCGCCGACAUGGUCAACCGUUCAGACGUCACCUACUUUGGGGCUGGCCCCGCUCCUCUCCCCACCGAGGUGCUCGAGAGAGCCUCGCAGGCGCUGCUGAACUACAGAGACAAGGGCAUUGGCCUCUGCGAAAUCUCCCAUCGCUCACCCGAGGCCAACGAGAUUCUCGCAGAGGCGAAGCAGGCCCUCACUCAGCUGCUCGAAAUCCCUGACGACUACGAAAUCCUCUUCCUUCAGAGCGGCGGUACUGGCGAGUUCAGUGCCGCUGUCUACAAUCUCGUCUCGAUAUGGGUAGAGAAGAAGCGAGCGAAAAUUGCCCAAGAGGUGGGCGACAACAAAGACGAGGUGCUCAAAAGACUUCGCAAGGUGGUGGAUGAAGAGCUCAAGCUUGACUAUCUCGUUACAGGUUCGUGGUCGCUCAAGGCAUCGCAAGAAGCCGCCCGCCUUGUAGGAGCCAAGCACGUAAAUAUAGCCGUCGAUGCGCGCAAAGCCAACAAUGGCAAGUUCGGGAAGAUCCCCUCAGAGGACCAGUGGGCCCUUACGUCGCGCUCAACGGGCGGACCGGCCCUCGUAUAUUACUGCGACAACGAGACCGUCGACGGAGUCGAGUUCCCCUCCUUCCCGCAAAGCCUAGAGGGCGAUGACGCGCCCCUGGUCUGUGCGGACAUGUCCUCCAACUUCAUUUCCCGCAAGGUCGACGUGAGCAAGUAUGCAGUCAUCUUUGGUGGCGCGCAAAAGAACAUUGGCAAUACCGGCAUCGCUAUCGUCAUCAUGCGGAAGUCACUUCUUCCGCCUCACUCGACGCCGGCCUCGCCUGACCUGCUAAGAGAACUCAACUUGGCUGUAGGCCCAAUUGUGCUCGACUACCCUACGAUUGCGAAAAACAACUCUUUGUACAACACUUUGCCCAUCUUUGAUGUUUGGGUGGCUGGUCAGGUCAUGUCUGGACUUGUCAACUCGUAUGGAGCUAAGCGUAUUGGCGGCCAGGAGGAAAUCUCAAACGAAAAGGCCAGCCUUAUCUAUGGGACGCUUGAUAAGUAUCCAGACAUCUAUCAAGUUGUCCCAGACAAGUCUGCGCGCAGUAGGAUGAACAUUUGCUUUAGGGUCCAUGGCGGAGCUGAAGACAAGGAAAAGGCCUUCCUCUUAGGUGCAGAGAAGAAAGGUCUACUUGGUCUGAAGGGACACAGGAGUGUCGGUGGUAUCCGUGCUAGUAACUAUAAUGCAGUCUCGCUAGACGGUGCAAAGCUACUUGUCUCAUAUCUUGAAGAAUACGCAGAGUCGACCUAAGUCAGGCUUUGUGCAAGACCGACUCAAAAGAAAAGUUUGCAUAUCAUUCUCACAUAAGCAGAGUCCUGCCAUAUGAGCAAACACCUUUUUGUUACAUCUGUGGCACUCAACAAGGCACUGACCUACCGCGAAAAGAAAAUAUACUUUAAUUUAUCCUUGAUUCUGGUAAUCGCAAUGUCCACAUGACGACGACCACGAAACUUCUCUGUAGAGCUGUGGACUGUGGAGUGCAUCAUCGGAG